AGUUUACUCACUAAAUUACAUAUCUAAUUAGUGGCAACAAAGCAUAAGAUACAGAAUCUGAGAAGAUAAUCAAAACAUGGAAAGAUAUUAGGAAUCUGUAGAAAGUACCAAUAAACUUAAAGGUCUAGAUACCAUUAUUGUUUUGAUGUCUUUCACUUGGUCCAAAGGUUCAACUUCACUGCCACGUCAAAAAAUGAAAUUACACUUCAUCAUCAGAAGCUCUGUGGAAUUCUUUCGAAUUCCUGCUUUGGAAUUUUCUGGAAAGUUUUUCAGACUUAUCAUACCACUAUUAUACUUGGUGGGACACUACACGAAUCAAAUUGACCUGAAACACCAUUAUGGAGUAAAAACUCCACAUCCAAAAAUAGUUGUAUACAGAGGGUAUUUUAUUGUUGGCUAGGUAUGACAAAUUUAUUGAACACGAACAUUAAGUUGUCGUCAUCAAAGGUUGAAUCUUAACUAUCUUCAACAUUCUGUCAGAGUGCAAAAUGAUAUUUCUUGUAGAUGGUAUUCACACUGAUCAAAAAAUGUCACUUGAAAAAAUGAGAUUAGUAAGGACAUAAGAUAGAUAACAAAUUUUUGUUUGGUCAACAUCAUUUUCCACCACAGCUUUAAACACGGCCGUUUUCAAUCGGUCGCCUUCGGCUAGCAUUUUUUAAUGAAACGUCAAAAAAUGUCACUUGAAAAUGUAAACUUAGAACGGACAGAAGAUAGAUAACAAACAAGAAUCUACUAGGAAUCUAAACAAGAACUAGCACGGCCGUUUUCGAAGACAUCGGCCGUCCCCUGGCCAUCGAAGGCGCUAAUUAAAGAUAAUACCGAAAUACCGGUAUUUUUCCAUCGAUACCGGUUUUUAAUACCGGACAAAAAUUGUCCGGGAUUCCGGUUUUCAGGAUCCCGGUAUUGCAAGCUCUAAUUGCGCCUCUCUGUCAGGGUUUUUACUUAUAUACCGCUCGGGGAAAUCCCUUAUUUUGUACUUUAAAGCACAUUCAAUAUAUCGUGUGUUUUAGAAGAAAAAUUGUACAAUUGGUUUCUUAACGAAAGAGAAAAGAAUUCACGAAAAGAAAGCUAAACAUGUUAUUACUUAUUCUUAAUAAAUCAACAGCAUUUUUUAACGAAUUCUUUUUGUCACAUUAUUUAAACUAGGGCUUCUUUUGGGAGGAUGUCUUAUUUUACAAAAAGUUCCGAAAAUCACGAUAGGGCUUAUUUUCGGAAAAAGACGGUAUAUAAAAAAAAUUGUAAUAACAAGAAUAAGCACAUACAUGAAUUAAGAAAAAUAAGGAAUAAUAAAAAAAAAUACAACAAAAUUAAAGAAAAAAUAUAGCAAAAUUAAAGAAAAGCUUGAACAAGCUGCCGCAAAUAAUCUCCCUCUACCCUGUUAGGUCAUACAAUCCAGAAAUAUAAAAAAGUGAAAAUUACCUAGUCCAAGUCCUAUUUGCAUCAUACGUCUAAGAUACGACACUUAGAUCCACCAAGAAAUUCUACAAUAGAAAAAAAUAGAUGAACCUACAAUUUCGGACCAGUGUCGUGUUCUAGAUGUUAAUAUAAAGGCCCUUACAGACGGAUGUAUAUGACCGCCUUGAUGUAUGCGCAUUUAAAAACGUACAUACAAAAACGUUAAUGUGUAUGCAGAAGAACGUCACAUGUUUGAGUGCACACUCAAAUAGAACGACGCACAAAAUUUCUGUCGUGAUUCGCUCUCAAGUCUCAACGUGUGGAUGUAAAUUGUACGACGUUCAUCAGUAGCGUCCAGUGUCCAGGUAAGUUCCAUGUUUAUGAAAUUUGAUUCGCAAAUUUCUUGUUUUGUAGAAUGUCUGAUUGUAGAACACUAUCUCGUGAUUUUCUGCGUGAAUUCCUUGAAAUGUACAGGGAACUGCCCUGUCUGUGGCAUGUAAAACCCAAAGCAUAUUUGGAUAAAAAUAAAAAAAACGACGCCUACAAAAUGCUGGUCAAGAAGCUACAGGUUGUUCAGCCAAACGCGACCAAAGCUUUCGUUAUUACAAAAAUAAACAGUCUUCGAGGAGGUUUUCGCAGGGAACAUAAGAAGGUUCUGAAGUUUAUGUACCUUCACCGUGGUACUAUGACCUUCUUCUGUUUCUUCGAGACCAGGACAAACCUAGAAAGUCGACUUCGAACAUCCCUAAGUAGUGAUGACGAGGACAACAAUGUGGUAGCAGAUGAAAGUAAUGAACCGGAAGAGGAAGGUGAUAGUGUUGCUGAGAAUGAGAGACAGACAAACGAUGAAAGUCAUUUGGAUGUGGAUUUGCUUUCACCUCCAUCUACAAGUACUAGUGACAGCACUCGACCUUCAUCAGUACUACCAAAUAAAGCAAUGCAUCAUUCAUCGGCCAAAAGGAGAUUUAAGAAAAGAAAUUCUACCUCAGUUGUAGACAAAGCUGAUCAAAUUUUGAAUGUUGUUAGUGCAAAAUUGAAUGAUCCUGGCGACGACGAGUUUUCGAUUGUAGGGAAAAAUGUUGCUGCGAAUCUUCGCAAAUUGCCAGCAAAGACCAAGUUUUAUAUGGACUGGAUUUAUAAUGACCUAUUAUUCCAAGCAGAACUUGGAAAAAUUUCCGAAAAUACGAAAAUUAUAACAGAAAUCAUACAGCCAACAGGAUGCAGCAACACCUGUAACCAUCACGAUUUGAACCAAUUAGCAACAAAUAACUUAACUUAUCAAAAUAGCCAAUGAAAAUUUCUAAAUUUUUAUUAUAUAGUUCAAAUUUUCAUUAUCUUUUCACUUUAAUUUAUUUUUUAAUAAU